AUGUCCAUUUCAACACCAGUUUUUGUUCCAAAUCAGAAAAUGUACUUUGAUUGGGGUUUUCAAAUGAAUUAUGAUCUUCCAUGGAAUUUGACUUCAUUCUAUUCAAUACCAAUUUGGCCAGGAGCCUAUAAUAAAAGAGAAGCUAGAGAUAUUGACCAUUCCAAGUAUCAGCAACAUGUAAAUGAAGGAGUACAUUCAAAUGAUUUUACUGCUGGUGAAUUAUAUAUUGGUUUGGAGGACUUACUUGUGAGGAAAGUGGAUGGAUUUUUACAUUGAAUCAAAUCUGAUAAAUAAAUUAUUAAUUUUAUCCACAGUUAUGGUUUUCAUGAGACAUGUUUGUUGAAAAGUGUAUGCGAGCUAGCAAAACAUCCAUUUCAUGAUGAUGAGGAAAAUUUGAUUACGGAAGUUGUGACAUUUAUUUUAAGCCCUGCAACGCAUGAAGCCUUUGGAAAAAAUGAGAUAAUUUACAAGGAGGCAUACGAAGAAGCUGAAAAUAAAGGAUUUUUAGGUGGAGAUUGCGAUAAAUUAUAUCCACAUUGUGAAGAAGGUUUCCUCGAUAUAAUUUCAAAUAUUAUUACAAAUAAAGAUGCAAUUGACUAAAGUACUUAAAUUUCUUUCCUAAAGUA